CACAGACUUGUCAGUCAGUGAGAAAAUGUCAAAAUCACAGUGCCAAAACACGUUUAUCAUUUGAGAUUGCCAUCGCUGAAAGAAGAUGGGAAAAUUUUUCGCAGUGCUACCAGCUCUUUUGCUGAUUCUGGCCGGAUACCAAGUAUUCAGAAAAUCCGCUGACGCUGGCAAUGGACCUCUAGUUUCCACGUACAUCUUUUUGACAGCUCUGUUCCUCCUAUUGUACGACCUUAGGCUGUACCCAAAACAACUAAGGAAAUUGGACGGACCUUUUCAAACGGUGAUAGAGUUUCUCAUUGCCGCAUUUCUAAUGGAGAACAUCAUCAUGGACUUCUGGUUCCCCAUCGAAUCGGUCAUCAACAAGGAGAUACUUCCAAGGAUAGCUGAACUGAUCGAAGAAAGUUUCAAACAGAGAGAUUGGGACUGCCAAACUGUCUGUGAAGUUUUCCGCAGCGAAACAACAGCUCUUGUUUGUAGUUACUUCCUGAGCAUUUUCUUCCUGCUGGCUGUUCUUCAUGCCAUCAGAGCCAUCGAUUUGAGAGCUUUACAAGAUGGACCCAGUUGUUUCUUUGGAGAUAUAGCUUACCGCUUGAAAAGAUUUUACCGAAAGAAAAUGAAGGCCUUUGGUUUUGGCGGAAAAAGGAGGGUGAAAAUCAAGGAAAGCGUAGAGAAAACUUGUAGGAUUGCCAAGUCCAAGAAAAAAUCUGAACGACAGUUCGCUGAUGACCCAUGUCAUGAUGAAAUUGAUUAUGAUGGCAUGAAUAUGGAGGAACAAGAUUAUUGUGGAGACAUGGAAAAUUAUCAAUUCGAUGAUGAUUCUUGUAAAUCUUAUAGUGAUUUUGAUAUGGCAGGAGAUGAUGACUUCUGAAAAUGUCAAAUCAAUCACUUUUCUUUAUUCUGACCCAACUCUAUA